AUGACCAGCAGCCCAGCUCCAGCAGCCAGACCCCAGAACCAGCAGCCCAGUUCCAGCAGCCAGACCCCAGAACCAGCAGCCCAGUUCCAGCAGCCAGACCCCAGAACCAGCAGCCCAGUUCCAGCAGCCAGACCCCAGGACCAGCAGCCCAGAUCCAGCAGCCAGACCCCAACAGCCAGACCCCAGGACCAGCAGCCCAGCUCCAGCAGCCAGACCCCAGAACCAGAAGCCAUACUCCAGCAGCCAGAACCCAGGACCAGCAGCCAUACUCCAGCAGCCAGACCCCAGGACCAGCAGCCAGACCCCAUGACCAGCAGCCCAACUCCAACAGCCAGAAGCCAGGACCAGCAGCCCAGUUCCAGCAGCCAGACUCCAGGACCAGCAGCCCAGCUCCAGCAGCCAGACCCCAACAGCCAGAUCCCAGGACCAGCAGCCCAGCUCCAGCAGCCAGACCCCAGGACCAGCAGCCAGAACCCAGGACAUGCAGCCAUACUCCAGAAGCCAGACCCCAGGACCAGCAGCCCAGUUCCAGCAGCCAGACCCCAGGACCAGCAGCCCAGCUCCAGCAGCUAG